UUUGAGGUGUCUUGCUGCAUUGAGUUCAGCCAAUGAGUCAGCGUCAGUGCGGAGCUGCAGGUCAGAGAUCUCUGAUGUUAUUAUUACCGUAUUUAUUACUACAGUAACUCGCCUGCAGCAGACGUGCAUCUGAAAUUUUAAUCUGUAUUUUUAAACGAAUCAUGGAUCAAUUUCGAGCUUUAUUUGUCAAACUGGAUCAAGACAAUGAUGGUUUCAUAUCGGUGUCAGAGCUCCACCACGAAAUGAGAAAAUAUGGGAUCCUGUCAGCGGAUGGAAAGGUCCAGAAUAUCAUGGAUUCUUAUGACAAAAACAAAGAUGGCCUGUUGGAUUACACAGAGUUCCUCAGCUACAUGAUGGACAGAGAGAAGAAAUGGAAAAUUCACUUUCACGACCUUGACAAGAACAACUGUGGGGUGAUUGACCAGGAGGACAUCAUAUGUUUGUUUAAGGAGUUAGGAGUGGUCAUAUCAAAGCCGAAUGCAAAAAAAAUAAUACAAAUGAUGGACAAGGACAGUUCGAUGACGGUGGACUGGGAAGAAUUCCUGCACCAUGUAAUCCUCAACCCUGCGGACAACAUCGGGGAGCUGGUGUCCUCAUGGAAACACAGUCUGGUUUUUGAUGUGGGUGAGAGUCGUGCGAUGCCCAUCGAGUUUCCCGAAGAGGCGUCUGGUUUUGGUGCGUGGAGGACGUUUGUUCUCGCAGCAGGACUGGCAGAUGCUGUAUCCCGAACUGUGACAGCUCCCAUCGACCGCCUCAAGACCCAACUUCAGGUUCAUGGAUCCAAGGCUUUCUCUCAAGGCUUUCAGGAGAUUAGGGCCGGUGGUCUGCGGUCUAUGUGGCAAGGCAACGCCGUCAACGUGCUGAAGGGCACACCGCAGUCGACGCUACAGUGUCUUAUCUACGCCCAGAUGAAGUUCUACACGCAGAACAGAACUCAGGAGACUCUGACGGUGCAGCAGCGUUUCGGUUUGGGUUGUGUGUCCGGUGCUGUUGCUCACGCUGCCUUCUACCCUUUAGAGGUGUUGAAGGUGAGACUGAACCUGCAGCAGGUCAGCACCUAUCACGGUGUUGUGGCGUGUGCCCGAUCCAUUUACAGACACGAGUCUUUGUCCUCGUUUUACAGAGGAUUCAAGCCCAGCAUCCUCUGUAUGAUCCCCUACGCAGGUGUGGAGUGUGCGGUUCAUCAGUCGAUCAUGAACUGGGCAAGAAGUGAUCCAGCCUACAACAGCGACACCAAACUGUUCUUCUUCAGUUUUGUGGCCUUUGCUUCGGGACAAAUAACCAGUUACCCGCUGGCAGUGAUCCGAACUCAGCAGCAAGCAAAAGCUUUCUGCUCAGAUUCGCGUCCCGCCUCAGGUGUACUACAAGGACUUCUUGGGAUAUAUGAAAGACAUGGAAUUAGAGGAUAUUAUAAUGGGAUGGGAGCCAGCUUCGUCAGGGCUAUUCCUUGUGCCCUGAUUAACUACACUUUAACUAGAAAAUUUGAAAAUCUGUUUUCCUCAAUGGAGUCUUGAGAUUUAAAAAAUAAAACAGCAUUUUUCAGGGAUUUGAUCUGGAACAAAAAGAGAACAAAAACAGUUAACUCUUACUAAUAUUAAUGGACUGUCGAAAAAUAACUGGAAUACAGCAAAAAGGCAUAAAGUUCCUCUGUGGAUGCAAGUGUCAAGUCUGCCUCUCUACCUUUUAAUACCUCUGCAGCUACAAGCCUUUUUAAAACUUGUAGUGGAGUCAGUAGUUCAUCACUGACCAGGAGCAUGAGACCAACAUGAUGCAGCUGCUAAAUACAACAUACCUCACUGAGUAGUGUUACACUGUUGACUUGAAAUAUACAAAUGUGACCAAGUGUAAUAAUUGCCCACUUGAGAUUGGGCUGUGUAAAUUGGGACAUGUGUUGCAGA